UUCUUGAGUUUCGUUUGAGGCGGUUGUGUGGAAGCGGAUAAAAAUUUUAUUUUGCAUUUUUAUUUGCUGAAAAAAGUGAAAAAUAUUCUUUAAAGAAAUAAAAAAUGAAUAUGAAAACAAAUAAAUAAAAAAAAUUUGGUGAAAAAACUGAAAAAUUAAUAAAAAAAAACAAUUUGAAAAAUAAAAAAAAAACAAUAAUUUUCAAACAAUAAAAAUUGCCGCUAAAUUGUGUAAGAAAGAAAAAAAACAGCUGAAAAAAUAUCUAUUAUAUACACACACAAAAGAAAGAAGAAUAGAGAAGGAAAUAGAAAAAAUACAAACAAGGCGAAUAACCAGCUGUUAAAGUGGAAAAAAGAAAAGGCAAAAACAGCAGCUCAUUUGUUUUUGGAAGAAAAAUAAAACAAAACAGAGCAAAUAACAAGAAAAAAAACAGACGUAAACAAGUGAGAGUGUAUAAGUGAGCGUCACUUUUUGGUGUUGCAAAGAGUAAAUUAUAAAAAAAGAAAACGAAAAAUAAACGUCAUUUUGGUAUACGUCUCAUGAAAAGACGAAAAAAAAAGAAUUUAUAUGAAAAAGUGAAAAACAACAAAACAGAAAAAAUAUUACAAAAUAUAAAAUUUUAUUAAAAAAUAUAAAAGAAGGAAAUAGCAAAGAAUUUAUAAAAAAAUCAAUAGCAGUGAUACAUACAGAAAAAUUAAUAACCUAAAUGUUAUUUUUAAACUCAUAAACAAAACCAUAAAACCAAUUAAAAAACCAGAAAUAUUUAAAAAAAAACACGUGGUUUUCUUAUAUUCUAUAAAAAAGUAUUGAAAAUCUGAAAGAAGUGUAAUUUAAUUAAAAAAAUAAACUAUAAUAAUAAUAAAUAAAAUAUGUCUUCGAACGUUCCUAUUAAAACGGAGGAAGUGAUUUUGGAAAAUGUUGAAUAUCAAAGUACCGAAGAAUUGGAAGAAGAAUUACAAUUACAACUAGAUGACUCUGGAGGAGAAUCCUAUAUAAUACCGGGCGACGGUCAAGCAUACGAAGAAACACACACAACUAUUAAAUCACGUCAACGUCUUAACAGCAAUUCAAUGUCAUCGACAACCGGAGGAGGUAAUAGUAUGAGUGGUACAAAAUUAGCAUGCGGUACACUGCCACCGCCACCGCCCAUUAACAAGACCACAAUUGAAAAUGAAAAACGUAUGCGACGUGAAAUCGCUAACAGUAACGAACGGAGACGUAUGCAAAGUAUUAAUGCCGGUUUUCAAAAUUUACGUUUAUUACUACCACGUCAUGAAGGUGAAAAAUUGAGUAAGGCCGCCAUACUACAGCAAACAUCGCAGUACAUCUGUGAAUUGGAAAAUCAAAAAACACAACUAUUGGCACAAAAUAGCCAACUGAAACGUCAACUGGGGCAACAUGAAGCUGGCAGCGGUGGAGGUGGCGGAAGUAGUAGUAGCACAAAUCCAGAUGCCGGCAAUAAUGGUGAAAAUGUUACAGGUGUAGCCGUUAAGAAGCGCAAACUAACCGAUAAUGUAGCCAAUGUUCAAACCAUAAGUGAUUCCUCGGAUGAGGGUCUUGGAUCAAUGUCUCCAGAACCAAUGACUUUAUUAAAUGCUGCUGGAGGUACGGUGGCAGUAAAUACCAAGGCUCAAAUACUAUUACAACAGAACACAAAAGAAAUGGUCGAAUUGAAGGAGCAGCUGUAUAAGGAAAGACGUUUACGUACCAUGUUGGAGGAGGAAUUACAAAUGAUCAAACGCCAAUUGUAUUCAGUAGCAACAGCACCCCAACCCUCCGCGGUAGAGGCCGAUGAGACGGAUGGCACCACCACAACCACUUACAUUCCCCGUGAAGUAAUCGAACACACUGGUAAUUUGCUGCGUGAAGAUUGCGAAGAGUUUUCCUAUGUAGAAAUUGAUGAAUUAACGGGCCAGCAGCAGGUGGUGGUUUGCUCUACUAUUGAGGAAUUGGAUAGUGAAGCAGCCGCCGCAGCAGCCGAAAUCAUAACCGAAGAUAAUGUGCACGAAGAAGUGGUAUUGUCCUCCAGCUCUACCGAAUCGGAGCAAGAGGUAGCUGUGAAUGCUAUAGCAAAAGCCUAUGCCGAGGGCAACUCUCCUACACCCGCCAUGUUACAACCCAUCUUGCAGGCAGCUAUUAAGGCCACACCAAAAGUUGAGGUGGAACGUAUAACGGAUGCCACUUUAAAAAAGGUAAAAACUGAGAAAAUCGAACAAACGAGUGGUCUAACACGUUCACGACAAAAUCUCGAAACAAUAGUGGAAGCCAUACGCCAUCUAGAGGGCGAUCAUUUGUUCACCGACAGCAAUGGUGAACAGCACAAGGUGUUGGUACAAACCCAAGCGGUAAGAGCAAUAGGCCAAGAUGCCCCACUCGCUUUGACCAACAAACAACAUGUGGUGGCACAACGUAAAACAUUAGCGGAAUUACGACCCUUCCUACAGCUUAAGGGAGGCAGUAAACAGGUCACUAUUGUGGGUGGUGGAGGCACGGCCAUGACCCUAACGAAGGCCGGUGCUGCGGUCAUACAAAAAGAUAUUUCAAAGUCAGUAGCAGCUGGUAGUUCAAGUGGUGGGGCCACCGUAACUUCGGUUGUUUCUCAAAAUGUUACACCCACCGCCAUUUUUAAGGUUCAAACAAAUGCCGCUGGCGGCAGUACAACAAUAACAAAAGUUGGCACUACAACAGCGGGAUCACCGGCUAAUGUUACCAUUAGUACUACGGCGGUAAAGCAGUGUCGUCCGGGUGUUAUUGUGGCCAAACAACUGUCUUGAUUUCGCGGCCUCCCAAUAAACCAGCAGCAGCAGCAACAACAACAAUU